AUGGCAGGAGGAAUUCCAAUCUCCACUACACCUCUCUCAACGAGUUUCCUUCGAGGAAAAUCUCUCAUAUUUCCAUUAUCCCUCGUUAUCUCCUUAUUUUUCCUAUGGGGUUUCUCUUAUGGAUUACUCGAUGUGCUUAACAAACAUUUCCAAACCGUUCUUGGUAUCACCAAACUUCAAUCUACCGGUCUUCAAGUUGUUUACUUUGGUGGAGGUUAUCUUCUCUUCUCUCCUAUUGCCGCCGAAGUCAUGAAGCGCAAAGGUUAUAAAAUUACUAUCUUGAUGGGUCUUUCACUUUACUCUCUUGGUGCUAUUAUGUUUUGGCCAACUGCUCAUUUAUCCACAUAUCAAAAUAGAAUUGCCUCAUUUGGUGGUUUCUGCGCUUGUACUUUGGUCAUUGCAUGUGGUCUCGCUACUCUCGAAACUGCCGCCAAUUCCUAUGCCGUUGUUAUUGGUGAUCCAUCUUCUGCAUCCGCUCGUCUUCAAUUCUGUCAAUCAUGGAAUGGUGUCGCUUCUUUCAUCGGUCCCUUGAUCGCCGGAAAAUACUUCUUCACUGGCGAGAAUGCUCACAAUUUAACCAAUGUUCAAUUUGUUUAUCUCGCAGUUGCCUGCGCCGGUAUCGCCAUUGCCGUUCUUUUCCUCGUCGCUAAACUUCCUGAAGUUUCCGAAGAAAUGCUCGAAUCUAGUACUGGCAAAAUCGAAAAUCUCGCUCAGGAUGAGUUUGGAAGUGAAAUCGGUCAAGACCCCAUUUAUAAACAAUACAACAUGAUCUUCGCCUUCAUUGCUCAAUUUUGUUAUGUCGGUGCUCAAGUCACGGUUGCAUCUUUCUUCAUCAACUACGCUACCGAAAAUGCAUCUUUUACUUCCUCUCAAGCUUCCAAUAUGCUUUCUUACGCUCUGAUCACUUUUACCGUUGGUCGAUUUAUCGCCACGGCACUCGCAACCAUUUUUCAAGCUAAUUUCCUCAUGAUGGUAUAUUCCGUCUUCGCCAUUACUUUCACAGCCGUGGUAGCAGCUUGGCACGGAAAGGGAGCAGUGAUUAUUCUCAUCCUUCUCUUUUUCUUCGAGGCCCCUAUGUAUCCUACCCUCUUCACACUCGGUACCGCCAAUCUCGGCCGUCACACUCGUCGUGGUGCAGGUAUACUGGUCAUGGGUGUUUCUGGUGGUGCAGUCUUCCCUCCUAUUCAAGGUGCUAUUGCAGAUGGUGCUGGUACUCGCAUUUCAUAUGUGGUUCCUUUGGUGGGAUUCGUGUAUGUCUUGGGAUAUGUUACGUUUCAUUGGAUUAGACAUGGAAAACAUGUUAUGAGAGUUAAGGAUGUGGUUGCGGCUGGGUUUGAAGGUGGUCCUUCAGGUGGUGUGGUGGAGAUAGUCCAUUAUGAUGGGGAUACGGUUUUGAGUGUUGAGCGAAAGGAAAGUAUUUAA